GCCACCGAGGAAGACCUAGCAGUUCAAUGGAGUGAGAUUUGCCAAGCAACAUUAAGAAGGAAGUCCUCUGUUACGCGAUGAAACGACUGAUGUUCGAACCGCAAAGGGACAAUCACCGCGUUCGAAUCAUCUCGACCUCGCAGUGUGGACCGGGACCCCGGGGUGGUGACACUGGAAUCAUGAGCCAGCUGGACGAUCUUCUCACCCAGCUGGGGACCGGCAGGUGGAGCAUCCUGCAUAUCCUGCUCUUCUGCUACUGGUUCUCGCUCCUCUCCUACCACACACUCGGGGGGGUUUUCCUAGCUCCCAAGAUCGACUUCACUUGGCUUAUUUCGAGGAGGACUCGAGCACAGGCUUCGAGGAGGAGCGGCCGUGCACCGAGUGGGACUUCGACAACUCGACCUUCAGCUCCACCGUGACGUCAGAGUUCGGCCUCGUGUGUGAGAAGGAGUACUUACGGGCCACCUACCAAAGCAUCUACAUGUUAGGGAUCUUCGUGGGCGCUCCUCUCAAUGGUAUGAUGGCAGACAGAUUCGGAAGGCUUCCCAUGGUGUCCGUGAGCUCAAUCAUCUACACAGUUAUAGCUAUCGGAUCUUGCUUUCUCUACUCACUACCACUCCUGCUUGGCGCUAGGUUCCUGCUUGGCGUCAUGCAUCCGACGUCCCUCCAGACAGGCUACAUCCUCGUGCUGGAGAUGGCGGAGCCCAGGUGGCGAUCUGCCCUGGGCGUGGGUAUGUUCCUGCCGUGGGCCGUCGGUACAGUGGCCUGGGGGGGCUUCGCGUACCUGGUGAGGGACUGGCGUUGGCUGCAGCUCACCGUGUCCCUGCCGUGCCUGCUCUUCCUGCCGGCGCUCUUUUUCCUGGACGAGUCACCGCGCUGGCUGGCGGUGGAGGGGCGGCAGGCGAAGGCCCUCGACAUCCUGAAGAAGGCGGCCAAGAUGAAUCGGGUGAAACUGCAGUCCGACGAGAAGAUCCUCAGUAUUCUGAAGGACGAUCAGAAAAAGGAAGUCCAAGAAAAACCUACUCAUGACAGCUAUAAAGACAAAGUUAAAGAAUAUUUUGAAGCAUCUUUUAUUCUCUUCAGGACACCCCGCCUGCGAACCAUCACCACCGUCAUGUACAUCGACUACCUGGUGACGGGCCUGGUGUACUUCGGCCUCUCCCUCAGCGGCGGUAAUUUCAGCACCGACCCCUUCCUCUACAUGGCACUCUCGGGGCUCAUGGAGGUGCCAGGCAACACCGUCAUCAUCCCCAUCAUCACGCGCUUCGCCAGGAAAACGCUCAAUAUAUUCUUCUUCGUGAUAAGCGGCGCCGCACUCCUGGCGCUGCCCUUCAUCCCGACAGACCACGCCUGGGCCGCGGUGACCCUGGCGAUGGUGGGCAAGAUGAGCAUCACCUUCACCUUCAACAUCCUCUUCCUAUUCGCCUCCGAGGUGUUCCCGACGGAGGUCCGUUCGCGGGGCAUGGGCACCUCCCUCAUGAUGUCCCGCAUUGGUGCCAUGGUCGCGCCCUUCGUCACGGAGUCCCUGGGUUCCAUCUACUCCUGGGCUCCUACUGUAGUCUUUGGCGCGGCUUCUGUGGCCGCUGGACUGGCAACGCUGGCACUUCCCGAGACGCAAGGUGUGGCACUCCCUGACACCAUCAGUCGCUUCGAGGCCAGAUCAAGCGAAAAGGAAGUGAAAGAAGACCCCAGAGAUCCUGCAGGAGGCAUAGCAGGAGGGAGCGAAGAGGAAGACCCAGUAACCAAUUCUGUUGUAUAGGAUAUCUCUAAGCAAAGCGAUUACCCUUCUCUACAACCCUGAUAUAUGAUACUUUUCCAAGCUUAUAAUUA